AUAACACCCAAAAUCAUUUCCAUUUCCCUUCCUCCCAUCAUCUUCACUUUUCUUUCAGAUUCCCAAGAAAAAGAGGAAGAAAAUUCUUUAAAAAAAAAAAGAAGAGAGGAAAUUCCAGAAUCAGUCCCACCCCUUCCUCAACUUGCCACUUACCAUUUGGCAUCAUAAAAACAAAAUUCUCUGUUCUGGUCACCGCCAGAGGGAUUCUCUUAUUUUCUUCUUCUGUCCGCCAUUGUUGCUUUGCUCCAAACCUUCAAGUCCCUUCAAAACAUCCAGACGUUGGGAUUUUGCUCUUUCUUCUUCUUCUUCUUCUUUCCCAUUUCCCCAAUUUUUAAUCCUCAGAUUGAUUCACCGGAGGAUUUUUUUUUUUUUUUUUGUUGGGUUUCUGUAGACGUCGGCGAUGGAUUUGAGCCGGCGGAGGGCAGCGGUGGCGGCGAGGGGGAACGUGGUAGCGGGGUCUGUGUGGGAGAGCAGAAUCAGAUUCGAUGAAGUCAGAGGUGGGAUUAAGGUUUUUAAUGGAGAUGACGAUAAUGCCGAAUGUGGGAUUCCGACCACCGCCGCUGCCGCCACUGGUGGCAGCGGAAGAAGGAAGACGUGGAAAUCCGACGAGGGUUUCAACCCGAUUCUCAUCGCGGAGGAAAAACCUGAGUCGUCUCCGAGUAGCGGCGAUGAACAGAGUCGGAAAAGCCCGAUUCCGGCGCGGAGAUUGAGAUCCAACGGCAGCCCAAACAAACCAGUUCAAAUUUCCGGCGAGAAAACAGAGAAAAACUCGACGAGGAAGAAGACUGAUCAAUCUCGUAAAUCGGCCGUCGGGUUAACCAAACCACCGACGAACGGAAUCGGAAAAACCCCGCCAGAGAAAAGUUUCAAAGAGUUAAAUGAAUGCAGAGAGAAAGUGAUAUCAUCUGCCCCAUCUCAAGAUUUCUUCGAUGCAUUUGAAGAAGAGUUUGAGAAAGAAAGCUUCGAUGUUAAGGAAAUAAACUUACCAGAACGGAAGAAAAUCGUCGCAAAAACUUUCCCGAGAAACAAACAGAAACUACAAACAUUAAUGGAUUUAAUAAUGUGGAGAGAUUUUUCAAGAUCCGCUCUGGUUUUUGGAGUGGGAAAUUUGGUUAUAAUCCUCUCUUAUUUCAUUAAGAACAUCAAUAUCAGCUUUAUGAGUUUGAUUUCGCAUAUGGGUCUUCUUUAUUUGGCUGCCAUUUUCGUGCAUAGGUCCAUUUUUGGGAGGAGAAAAGGAAUCGAUUCAAAUGAUGAAAAUUAUGCUGUUGAAGAAGAAAAUAUGAUUCGAUUUGCUAAACGGUUAGUUCCUUUCGUGAAUGAAUUGUUGCAAAAUCUUAAGGCUCUGUUUCGUGGAGAUCCUUCCGCAACCAUGAAGGUGGGUGUAUUGCUGUUUGUGUUGGCAAAGUGGGGUAGCUUCAUCACCCUUUGGAAUGUCCUCAAAAUUGGAUUCAUUGGUGUUUUCACAGUGCCCAAAUUAAUUACCCACGGUGAACACUGGUUGAAACUUUGUGGGAGCUCUUGGAAGUUAUGUUCCCACAAGAAGGGUGUGUUCGUUGCCAUCUUCUUUCUCGUAUGGAAUUUCUCAUCAAUUCUAUAUCGCGUAUGGGCAGCUUUCAUAGUGUUCGUCAGCGUUCGGUACUACCAGGAGUCUUCAGAUAGAGAUGUCUGGGUUAAGAAAGGUGAAGUAGGUCCUAGAAACGACACCGUUACGGUAAGUUCAAAGCUCAAGAGACAAUAUUGAACAAUUUUGAUGGUUUUCUUUUCUUUGCUCCGUUUUGAAAUAGUUAAAAAUUACCAUGUAAAUUCAUGAACACUAUGGUAGAAAUCCAUCUUGUAUCUUAGGAGCAGAAAAAUGGGAAAUGUUUUUUUAUUUUUUA